AUGAUUCACAUUCCGGAAGACUUUGUCGGCUGCGAGGUUCUGGUCUGUGCUCGCUCAACGGAGCCGGUUCGUCAAGUAACAGCGGGAGCAGCUGCCGCGCAGCACCCCUACUUUAGUGUGCCACCUGGGAUAGUCCUCCCAUGGUGGGCGGAGACCGUGCUCAACGGAGUCGGUGGCUUGAAGUUCAAAAGCCGCCAUUUUGCAUUGCAGGCGGUGCUCCACACAGACGCAAAGAGAUUUCCGGGUGGCGUGCGCUUCGACACGUCGGCCUCCAAGGACUGCGUACGCCGACGCAUGACCUUGGUGAACGACUUCGAUCGCGAGUUGCCGCGCCCGAAUCCCGCGCCGCGAUCCCUGGAGUACCAUGAUCCAACUGACCCGGAGGCCUGUGAGGUCACGCUGCGCCGCAUGAUGAGCUACGACCCGAACGUAGCAGACCGGCAUGUGACCACAAGAAGGGACAUGGCGCCAGUCUACGAGCGCAUGCUGCCCCGUGGCAAAGAAGCGGUGCAGGGCAUGCGCGCACUGCAGACAGACCUGGGUGUCCGAGGGGCUGCGGGACUUGGCUUCAUCGAGACCACAGGACAAAGGACCCUUCCUGUGGAAAAGCUCGAGGGGCGAAACGCAAACGCCGCGUUCCAGCGGCCAGACAUUGGGCCCAAGUUCGAUCACCUGACGUACUUCGAGGCUCUCAACUUGGAGACGAACCACAAUGAGGGCAACAUCGUCCACGGAGCCGGGCCGUCGUUCGACACGAGGCCGGCACCACGUUGCCCGCGUCGGGUUCGCGGAGAAAUGCACUUCCGGCGCCAGGCGCCGCAGGGCUUCUCCAAAGGCGUUAAGGCGACGGGGCCAGCAGAUGCCAAGGUGCAACGUCAAAGCCGUGCAUACGAGGCAAUCGAUGACUGGUCUCAGCUGCUGAACGGGCUCGCCUCGAAGAGGGAAGAGUCCGAGAAGCAACAUUGA